AUGGGCCGUCCUGACUCCUACCACCACUCUGCGGGAGCACUUGGUGGCUGUGACCCAGACGAAGGAGAGGCGAAUAAGUGGAUUGGGUGGAUUAGUGGCCGGAUGGCAUGGACCGUCGUGGGGUGUGAAGGAUGGAAGCCGUCGAGAAAUCGAACUGCUGGUUCAACUGUGGCGGGUACUCCAGCACCCUCGUCCCGGUUGGUUGGUUCCCGACCUGCGAAUUGGAGAUGGGGGAGGUUAGUAUGGCGUUGGUUUGUCCUCGUGGCAGUAAUGUACUCGAGGAAGGAUCAAAAAAAGGGUUAUAAGCGGGUAUAA